AUGAAGGGCGCUCUUCUUACCGCAGCUGUGCUGCUCGGAGCCGCUCAGGCCGGUGGCACCCACAAGCUCAAGCUCAAGAAGGUCCCUCUUGCUGAGCAGCUGGAGGCGGUCCCUCUCGAGACUCAGAUGAAGCACCUCGGCCAGAAGUACAUGGGCAUCCGGCCUCAGCAGAGCCAUGCCAAUGCUGUCUUCCAGGGCUCGCUCGCCGACCCUAAGGGCAUCCACCCCGUUCCCAUCUCGAACUUUAUGAACGCUCAGUACUUCUCCGAGAUUACUAUUGGUACUCCUCCCCAGUCUUUUAAGGUGGUCCUGGACACGGGAAGUUCUAAUCUUUGGGUGCCGUCGGUGGAUUGCGGGUCUAUCGCCUGCUACCUGCACUCCAAGUAUGACUCCUCUGCGUCUUCGACCUUCAAGGCCAACGGGUCUUCGUUUGAGAUUCGGUACGGCUCCGGGUCGCUCAGUGGUUACGUGUCGCAAGACACCAUGACUAUUGGCGACAUCAAGAUUAAGGAGCAGGAUUUCGCCGAGGCCACCAGCGAGCCUGGUCUGGCCUUCGCCUUUGGCCGUUUCGAUGGUAUCAUGGGUCUCGGUUUUGACAGAAUCUCGGUGAACGGGAUCGUGCCCCCCUUCUACAAGAUGAUUGAGCAGAAGCUCAUUGAUGAGCCCGUGUUUGCUUUCAAGCUUGCAGAUACCGAGGGCGAGUCCGAGGUUACCUUUGGCGGUGUCGACAAGGACGCGUACAAGGGCAAGCUUAUCACGAUUCCCCUCAGACGUAAGGCCUACUGGGAGGUGGACUUUGACGCCAUCUCCUAUGGUGACGACACUGCUGAUCUCGAGAACACCGGUAUCAUCCUCGAUACCGGCACCUCCCUCAUCGCGCUGCCCAGCCAGCUCGCUGAGAUGCUGAACGCUCAGAUCGGUGCCAAGAAGGGCUACACUGGUCAGUACACUGUCGACUGCGCCAAGCGUGACUCGAUGAAGGAUGUCACGUUCAACCUUGCUGGCUACAACUUCACUCUCGGCCCCUACGACUACGUCCUCGAGGCUGGCAGCAGCUGCAUCUCGUCCUUCUUCCCCAUGGACAUGCCCGAGCCGGUCGGACCUCUCGCUAUUCUGGGAGACUCCUUCCUGCGCAGAUACUACUCUAUCUACGACCUUGGCGCCAACACUGUCAGCCUUGCCGAGGCCAAGUAG